UCAUCUUUUUAGCUAAACCCUUUUCUAUUGUCUUGAAUUUUACAUUGUUGAAAAAUGGAUAACAAUGAGAACAUUUUACCACCUGGUUUUAGGUUUCACCCAACAGAUGAAGAAUUAAUUACUUAUUAUCUUCUUAAUAAAGUUCUUGAUUCUAAUUUCAAUUCUCGUGCCAUUUCUGAGGUUGAUCUCAACAAAUCUGAGCCCUGGGAACUUCCUGAAAAGGCAAAAAUGGGAGAAAAAGAGUGGUACUUUUACAGCCUAAGAGAUAGGAAGUAUCCCACAGGAUUAAGAACGAACCGGGCAACAGAAGCUGGUUAUUGGAAGGCAACCGGGAAAGAUAGAGAAAUUUAUAACUUUAAAACAAGUUCACUUGUUGGUAUGAAGAAAACACUUGUAUUUUACAGAGGAAGAGCUCCUAAGGGUGAAAAGAGUAAUUGGGUUAUGCAUGAAUAUCGUCUUGAAGGCAAAUUCUCCUACCAUUACCUCUCCCGCACCUCUAAGGAUGAAUGGGUGAUUGCAAGGGUGUUCCAAAAAACCGGCAACGGAACUGGAACCGGUAUUGGAACAGGUUCAAGUUUAAGCAGCACCACCGCCACAACUACCGCUAGAGAAAAGAAAACUCAAAGCAAUGGAUCAAUUAUGAGCUUCUAUAACUACCCUCACAAUGAAGUUUGUAGCUCACCUUCCUCGAUUUCGAUCUCGGCUUCUCACCAUCUUCCUCCUCUCCUAGAUUCCUCUUACAAUGGCGUCAAUGAAGCUAACUCUACCGAAAAAAAGCACGUGUCCUGUUUCUCCAUUAACUCAACUAACUUUAACCCAUUUGAUCUCACUUUUCCACAACCACCAUUAUCAACCCAACACUCUCAAAGGUCCAUUAUGGGCCUUGGGCUUCUUCAGGAUAACCUACACAUACCAUGGAUCAAUGUUGCCCCACCCAUUCCAACCGGGUACAAUGGUUGUGAACUAAAUGCUAUGAUUGGAAACCCUAAUAUCACCACCACUUGGGGCGGCGAUAAUGGCGGCAUUAGCGGUGGAGGCGGUGGUGGUGGUGGGUGUUUUGAUCAUAACCACCAUGGGAUAGGUGGAAGUGAACUUGACUGUAUGUGGAGUUAGGAAGUGAUUAAGACAACUGAAUGACAGAAAAUGAGUCUGAUAUGAUCUUGCUUGUUUCAGUUGGUUUGACUUUUGGGAUUUUAGCUUGUGUUGUUGUGUUAAUCAGAGUUUGUAGGGUUAUGGCAUGCUAUGUAGGUUAUUGUAAUAAUUUAUUAAUAUUUUAAUUCUAGAGUUCCUAGGUUUUUUUGUUGUUAUUCUUAGAAGUACUUUGUUUGUGGGUGUUUUUAUUAUUAAGAAAAAAAAGGGUAGUCCUAUAAUUGGGUAAUUGUGUAAUGAUGUUUGUGGGUGGAAUCUUUGCUUUGUUGCUUUGUAAUAAAGUUAGUGAUGUUAUCUUAGAUUGUGAUGGAUCUUGUAUGAUUUAAUGCA